AUGGUUGUGUGGGGUGGGUUGUGGGGGGGUGGGGUUUGUUUGGGGGUGGGGUAUGUGUGUGGUUGUUAUGGGGGGGGGGGUGUGGUGGUUUGGGGUUUGGGGGUGGGUGUUGGGUUGUGGGUGGUGGUGGGGGUGUGUUUGGGGUGUGUGGGGUUUGGGGGGUGUGUUGGUGGGUUGGGUGGGGGGGUGUGGUGUGGGGUGUGGUGGGGGGGGGGGUGUGGGUGUUGGUUGGGGGGGGUUGGUUGGUGGGGGGGGGGGGGGGUGGGGGUUGGGUUGUGGGGGGUGUGGGUGUUGUUGGUGGGGGGGGGGGGGGGUGUGGGUGGGGGUGGGUGGGGGGUGGUGUUGGGUUUGGGGGGUGGGGGGGGGGGUGGGGGGUGGGGUUGGGUUUGUGGGGGGGGGGGGGUUGGUUGGGGGGGGUUGUGGUUGUGUGGUUGUGGUUUUGGGGUUGGGGGGGGGGUGAGUGGGGGGGGUGGGGGGGGAGGGGGGUGUUGUGUUUGGGGGUUGUGUGGGGGUUGGGGGGGGGGUGGGGGGUUGUGGGGGGGUGUGUGGGUUGGUGUUUGGGGUGGGGGUUUGGGGGUGGUGGGGGUGGUUGGGGUUUGGGUGGGUGGGUGGUGUGUGGGGGGUGGGUGGGGGGGGGGGGGGUGGGGGUGGGGUGGGGGGGGUGGUGGUGGGGGGGUUGGGGGGGUGGGGGGGGUGUGGGGGGGGGGGGGGGGUGGGGGGGGGGGGGGGGUGGGGGGGGUUGGGGGGGGGGGGGGGGGGGGGGGGGGGGGUUUGGGGGGGAAGUAUGGUAUGUUGUUUGUGGGGGUUUUUGGGUUGGUGGGGGAGAUGGGUGAGGAUUGUUGGGAUGAGUUUAUUUGGGAUGGGUGGAGUGGGGGGGUUUUUGGUGGUUUUAGUGUUAUGAUGGAGGGGGGGGAGGGGGGUGAGGAGGGGGGGGGUGGGGUGUGGGGAUUUGGGUUGUUUGGUUGUAGGUAUGGGAGGGGGGUAUUUGUUGGAGAAGGUGUGUGGGGGUUGUUGGGGGUGUUGGUGGGGGGGGGGUUGGGGGUAUUGGUGGUGGGUUUGGGGUUGUUGGGGGUGGUGUGGUGGGGGGGGGGUUUGGUGGUGGGUUGUGGGGGGUUGUGGGGGGUGUGGGUGUUGGGGGGGUUAGUGAGUUUGUGGUGGUGGUGGGGUUUGUGGUGUGGGUUGGGGUUGGUGUUGGGGUGUUGUUUUGUGGGGGGGGGGUUGGGGUGGGUGGGGGGGUGGGGUGGGGUUGUGUGGGUGGGUGGGAUAUAUGUGGGGGGUGUGGGUUUUGUUGGGGGGGGGGGGGGGGGGGGGGGGUGGGGGGGUGGUUGGGGGGGGUGUGUUUGGGUUGUUGGUUGGGUGAUUGUGGGGGGUUGGUGUUAUUGGUUUGUUUGUGGUGGGGGGUGGGGUUGUUGGUGGUGGGUGGGGGGGGGUUGGGGGGGGGUUUGGGGGUUGGGUUGGGGUGUGGGGGGUGUUGGUGUUGUUUUGUGUUGGGUUUGUGUGUGUGGGUUGUGUUGGGGGUGGUUUGUGUUGGGGGGGGGGUGUGUUGUGGGGGGGGUGGGUUGUUUGGGGGGGGGGGUGGGGGGUUUGGUGGUGUUGGUUUGGUGGGUUGGUGUGGGGGGUUUUGGGGGGGGGGAUUGGGUGGGGGGGGGUGGGGUGGGGGGGGGUGGUGGGGGGGUGGUGGGGGGGGGUUUGUGGGGGGGGUGGGGGUGGGGGGGGGUUUGUGGGGGGAGGGUGGGUGGGGGGGGGGGGUGGGGGGGGGGGUGGGGGUGGGGGGGGGUGUGGGGGGGGGUGUGGGGGGGGGUGGGUGGGGGUGGUGGGGGGUGGUGGGGGGGGUUUGUGGGGGGUGGGGGGUUGGGGGGGGGGGGGGGGGUGUGGGUUGUGGGGGGUGUGGUUGGGGGGGGGUGUGGGGUGGGGGGGGGGGUUGGGUGGGGGGGUGGUGGGGGUGGGGUGGGGUGUGGGGGGGGGGGGGUGGAUGAGGUGAAUGAGUGGGGGUGGGGGGGGGGGGGGUGUGGGGGGAGGGGGGGUGGGGUGUUGGGGUGGGGUGGUGGGGGGGGUGGGGGGUUUUGGGGGUGUGUGUUGUUGGGGGGGGGGUGGUUGGGGGGGGGGGGGGGGGGGGUGGUGGGGGUGGGGGGGGGUAGAUGGUGGGGGUGGGGGGUGGUGGGGUGUGGGGGUGGGUGGGGGGGGGGUGGGUGGGUUGGUUGGGGGGGUGUGGGGGUGGUGUGGGGGGUUGGUGGUGGUUGGGGGUGGGGGGGGUGGGUGUGGGGGGGGUGGGUGUUGGGUUGUGGGUUGUGGGGUGGGGGUGGUGGGGGGGGGGGUGGGGGGGUGGGAGGGGGGUUGGGGGGGAGGGGGUGGGGUUGGGGGGUGUUGGUGGGGGGGUUGGGGAUAUGUUGGGGGUUGGUUGUGUUGGGUGGGGGGGUGGGUGUUUGGGUGGGUUGUUGGGGGGGGUUUUGUUGUUGUGGGGUUGGUGGGGGGUUUGUGGGGGUUUUUGGGUGUUUUGGGGUGUGUGUGGGGGGGUUUGUUUUGGUUGGUGGGGUUGUGUGUUUGUUUUGUUUUGGUUGUGGGGGGUUUUAUUAUGUUAUUGGUGGGUGUUGGAUGGUAUGGAGGGGGGGGGGUGUUGUUUGUAGGUUUGGGUUGAUGUUAGAUGUGAUUGGGGUGUGUAAAGGGGAGAUUUUAGGGGAUUUGGGAGGGGGGGAGGGGUGUGGGUUGUUUUUUGGGUUAUUUAUGGGUUUGGGGUGGGGUGGUUGGUAUUUGGUGUUGGUUUGUUAG